GAGGCGAAUGAGAGAGAGCCCUGAUGGUGCUUUCGACAUCCUAUCUGAUGCUGGCUCCAUUGUGCCCCUUUUAUUGUUUGGUACAGGAACUGAGAAAAUUCCCUUAUUGCUUCAUGCGGUCCUGCUGGUUUUCUGUCAUUUACAAUCACAGGAGCCCAGAUACCCCUACUAUGAGCAGGGAAUCAAGAAGGAACACAAAAAUGACUAACUCAUAGCCUUGCCUCCAGGUAUUUAUAAUGUAAUAGUUUGAUUUCAAAACUAGUGAGUAUGGUAAAAUAGUUGGUAAGGUCUACCUUUGACAAAUCAAUAGUAUAUUUUUAAAAUGUGAAGAUAGUGUAUUUUAUAAAAAUAUACAAUUUUUUCAUUGGGUUAAUUUAUCCAACAUAUAUCACUUGAAUAUUAGCUUUCUCCAUGACUGGCAUAUUUCCUUUUUGAUAAUUUGCUGAGGAGCAAGGCUGCUUGUUAAUGAAUUUUUGUCUACUAUUAAAAUCGCCCUCAUCCUUUGAGGUCCAUUUCCAAAGCCACCUGCACCUCUGGAGUUCAUUAUUCCCUCUUUUGUGCUUACACAACCCUUGCUGUUUCUGUAUGGUGGCACCAGUCAUUAUGCUUUGAAUGCUUGUGAAACCCUCACUCUUCUGUUGAUUAGAAACUUUUAUGCCAGAGACUGUUGUGUCUCUGAGUUUCCCUUUGCAGGGAACAGUUCCCUGAACAUAGUAGGUGAUCAGUAAAUGCUUGUUGAAUUAAGUCAAUUAGUAGCACUGGUUUUGCUAAUAACUUUUGUAGUAAACUUACAAACUACUUUUAUGUAAAACUGCAUGUAAAAGUUGGUUGUAUGAUUUGCAGCACUUAUUAUGAGUAUAACUGAUAAUGCUAAUGGAAAUGUAUGAUCUUAAAAGGCAUUAUAUAUUUAGCUAUAGAAGUGUAUUAGUAGGAAAGGGAAAACUUACAAGAUUUUUACAUGAAAAUAAACCAGAAGGUUGGUUGGUAGGUACCAGGUGAACAUACCUGUGGUCACAAGAAGAGAGUGUUGGAGACACUGAUUGUUAGAGAGUUGACCGUGAGAAAGCAUCUCUCCAAUCCUAUGCCAGAUGUUAGUAGGCAGGAAGAGGCGGAGGGAGAGCUCAGUGAAGGAGAACACUGGUAUGGAAACUCUUCAGAGACUCCGUCAGAAGCAUCCUAUGGGGAAGUCCAGGAGAACUAUAAGUUGUCUCUGGAGGACCGGAUCCAGGAGCAGUCCACGUCCCCGGACACCUCCUUGGGAAGCACGACUCCCAGCAGCCACACGUUGGAGCUGGUGGCACUGGACAGUGAGGUCCUGCGAGACUCACUGCAGUGUCAAGAUCACCUUUCCCCGGGAGUGUCUUCUUUGUGUGACGAUGACCCAGGCUCCAACAAGCCCCUGAGCAGCAAUUUGAGGCGGCUGCUGGAGGCUGGUUCCCUCAAACUCGAUGCUGCAGCCACGGCUAAUGGCAGAGUGGAGUCCCCCGUAAACGUUGGCUCGAACCUCUCCUUUUCCCCGCCUUCCCACCACGCCCAGCAGCUCAGUGUUCUGGCCAGGAAGUUGGCCGAGAAGCAGGAACAGAAUGACCAAUACACUCCAAGUAACCGUUUUAUAUGGAAUCAAGGUAAGUGGUUGCCAAACUCAACCACCACCUGCAGCUUGUCUCCGGAUUCAGCCAUCCUAAAACUGAAAGCUGCAGCCAAUGCCGUUCUGCAGGACAAAUCUCUCACCAGGACUGAGGAGACCAUGCGAUUUGAGUCCUUUUCCUCCCCUUUUAGCUCCCAGUCUGCCAGUUCUACCUUGGCCGCUUUGUCCAAGAAGGUCAGUGAAAGAAGUUUGACUCCUGGUCAGGAGCACCCUCCACCGGCCAGCUCCUUCCUUUCCCUGGCUUCUAUGACCUCCUCAGCGGCCCUUCUGAAGGAGGUGGCCGCAAGGGCUGCGGGCAGUCUUCUGGCUGAGAAAUCAUCGCUGCUGCCUGAGGACCCUCUACCGCCCCCGCCUUCAGAGAAGAAACCAGAAAAAGUCACUCCGCCACCUCCACCGCCACCUCCACCUCCACCACCACCACCACAAUCCCUGGAAUUAUUAUUACUCCCAGUUCCUAAGGGAAGAGUUUCUAAACCCUCCAAUUCAGCCUCAGAAGAGGAAAGUGGAAAGCCUUUCCAGUGUCCAAUAUGUGGUUUGGUUAUUAAAAGGAAGAGUUACUGGAAACGGCACAUGGUGAUUCACACAGGUUUAAAAAGUCAUCAGUGUCCGCUCUGUCCAUUCCGGUGUGCUCGCAAGGACAAUCUCAAAUCCCACAUGAAGGUUCAUCAGCACCAGGAUCGGGGAGAGACCUUUCAGUGCCAGCUGUGCCCUUUUACUUCCUCACGCCACUUCAGCCUGAAACUCCACAUGCGUUGCCAUCAGCACUUCCUGAGGACAGAAGCCAAGGUGAAGGAGGAGAUCCCAGACCCAGAUGUCAAGGGAUCUCCCCACCUCAGUGACAGUGCCUGCCUGGGGCAGCAAAGGGAAGGAGGAGGGACAGAGCUAGUGGGGACCAUGAUGACGUCUAACACUCCAGAGAGGACUAGCCAGGGAGGGGCUGGCGUCUCGCCUUUGCUGGUGAAGGAGGAACCCAAGGAAGAUAACGGCCUGCCCACCUCCUUUACUUUGAAUGCUGCCGACAGGCCCGCCAACCACACAAAGCUGAAAGACCCCUCCGAGUAUGUGGCCAACAGUGCGUCAGCAUUGUUCAGCCAGGACAUCUCUGUUAAGAUGGCGUCUGAUUUUCUCAUGAAGCUGUCAGCUGCAAAUCAGAAGGAGCCCAUGAAUCUUAAUUUUAAAGUGAAAGAGGAGCCUAAGGAAGGGGAGUCCCUAAGCACGACUUUGCCUCGGUCCAGCUAUGUGUUCAGCCCGGAAUCUGAAGUGUCAGCCCCAGGCGUCUCUGAGGAUGCACUAAAGCCCCAGGAAGGGAAGGGAAGUGUGCUAAGGCGGGAUGUGUCAGUCAAAGCAGCCUCUGAACUUCUCAUGAAACUCUCAGCGGAAAGCUACAAGGAAACACAGAUGGUGAAGAUUAAAGAGGAACCCAUGGAGGUUGACAUCCAGGACUCCCAUGUCUCGAUAUCACCCAGCCGGAAUGUUGGCUACAGCACUUUAAUCGGGCGAGAGAAAACCGAACCCUUACAGAAGAUGCCAGAGGGCAGAGUACCCCCAGAGAGAAACCUCUUCAGUCAGGAUAUCUCUGUGAAAAUGGCUUCCGAGCUCCUCUUUCAACUGUCAGAAAAAGUGAGCAAAGAGCACAAUCAUACAAAAGAAAACACCAUCCGGACCACCACCAGCCCUUUCUUUUCAGAAGACACAUUUAGACAAUCACCAUUCACCUCCAAUUCAAAAGAACUGCUGCCCAGUGACUCUGUGCUGCACGGAAGAAUAUCAGCUCCAGAAACAGAAAAGAUAGUCCUAGAGGCAGGAAAUGGAUUACCAUCCUGGAAAUUCAAUGACCAGCUUUUUCCCUGUGACGUGUGUGGGAAAGUGUUUGGCCGACAGCAGACAUUGUCCCGACACCUCUCGCUGCACACAGAGGAAAGAAAAUACAAAUGCCACUUGUGCCCCUAUGCUGCUAAGUGCCGUGCAAAUCUGAACCAGCACUUGACCGUCCAUUCCGUGAAGCUGGUGAGUACAGACACCGAGGACAUUGUCAGCGCCGUCACCUCUGAAGGCAGUGACGGGAAGAAACAUCCUUAUUAUUACAGUUGUCACGUGUGUGGAUUUGAGACCGAGCUCAAUGUCCAGUUUGUCAGCCACAUGUCACUCCACGUGGACAAGGAGCAGUGGAUGUUUUCGAUCUGCUGCACUGCCUGCGACUUCGUCACCAUGGAGGAAGCAGAGAUAAAGACUCACAUUGGCACCAAGCACACAGGGGAAGACAGGAAGACCCCCAGCGAAUCAAAUAGCCCCUCUUCAUCCUCCCUCUCAGCUCUGAGUGAUUCAGCCAACAGCAAAGAUGAUUCAGAUGGCUCCCAGAAAAACAAGGGCGGGAACAAUCUGCUGGUCAUCUCUGUCAUGCCUGGGAGCCAGCCCUCACUGAACAGUGAGGAAAAGCCAGAGAAAGGGUUCGAAUGUGUUUUUUGCAACUUUGUCUGCAAGACGAAGAACAUGUUUGAGCGUCAUCUGCAGAUACACCUCAUCACCCGGAUGUUUGAGUGUGAUGUGUGCCACAAGUUCAUGAAGACCCCCGAACAGCUGCUGGAGCAUAAGAAAUGCCACACUGUCCCCACCGGUGGGCUCAAGUGCCCAUUCUGCAUUUAUUCCACCAACCGCCCCGCUGCCAUGGAGUGCCACCUCAAGACCCACUACAAGAUGGAGUACAAGUGCCGGAUCUGCCAGACGGUGAAGGCCAACCAGCUGGAGCUGGAGACGCACACCCGGGAGCACCGCCUGGGCAACCACUACAAGUGCGACCAGUGCGGCUACCUGUCCAAGACCGCCAACAAGCUCAUCGAGCACGUGCGCGUCCACACCGGGGAGCGGCCCUUCCACUGUGACCAGUGCAGCUACAGCUGCAAGCGCAAGGACAAUCUCAACCUGCACAAGAAGCUGAAGCACGCCCCACGCCAGACCUUCAGCUGCGAAGAGUGCCUGUUCAAGACCACACACCCUUUCGUCUUCAGCCGCCACGUCAAGAAGCACCAGAGUGGGGACUGCCCCGAGGAGGACAAGAAGGGCCUGUGUCCAGCCCCCAAGGAACCGGCCGGCCCGGGGGCCCCGCUCCUGGUGGUCGGGAGCUCCCGGAAUCUCCUGUCUCCCCUGUCAGUUAUGUCUGCCUCCCAGGCUCUGCAGACCGUGGCCCUGUCGGCAGCCCACGGCAGCAGCUCAGAGCCCAACCUGGCACUCAAGGCUUUGGCCUUCAACGGCUCCCCUUUGCGCUUUGACAAGUACCGGAACUCAGAUUUUGCCCAUCUCAUUCCCUUGACAAUGUUAUACCCCAAGAACCACUUGGAUCUCACAUUCCACCCUCCCCGACCUCAGACUGCGCCUCCCAGCAUCCCCUCACCCAAACACUCCUUCCUCGCCUAUCUCGGACUGAGAGAAAGAGCAGAGACUGUCUGAGGGCAGCCAUGUUCUGUACCAAAAACAAAGAGACAAAAGACAAAAAAAAAAAAAAACCCACAAAACUUAAACACAACCCCAGCAGGUGUAUGUUGCUGCAAAACCUACAGACCCCGAUGGGUCUGGAACAUGUGUACUGUAUAUCUUUAGUAAGGAAUAGAGAAUUGGCUCUGUGUGUAUACCUAUUGCAUUGACCUGAAAGCUGCUUUAUCCAAUCUUCAGAGAGGUGACCUACUGCAUACUUCUACCUUCAGAGGCAUGCCUCCCCAGCCACCCACUCCCACUCUCAGCCCUUCUCCGUACUUUUCUCUGAAAGGAAUCUUGUCUUGUUAAACCCUAAAGAGAGUGUCCUUAAUAGCAAUCAGCACUUGUAAGCUUAUAUACUGGUGCAUUUGGUUUUCUGUUGGGUGAAUGUGGUGUGUGGGCGUUUGUGGAUUCUGAAAGAGAAAGCCGUGUGUCGUGUGCCAUGACAUUUCUAUUGCACAUUCUUUGUACUGGCUUCUUUAACAGCGAUGAACGUUCUUUUCCCUCCUGGGUUGUUCAUCCACGACAGUCUCUCCCUGUGCUCCUUCAUCACCUUUCCCUCUCUCUUUGAUGGCUACAGAGUGGUAGGGCCUGGUGCUUAGUCGAUGAAGGAAUGGUAGCCAUCUACAGUGCUGCUGGAGAUUUCCGCCAGAGCGCUGGAGACCUUGCGCUCAGAUCUUCUCUGGUGAUGAAGAGGCGAGGAAUCAAGUGACUGAUCUGGAAGAAAUGUCUCGCAGCACUGCAGCUAACAUCACAGAACUUAAGUGUGUUUUGUGUGUGUGCCCACACGUAGACAAAUGUGUAUGGUGCACACACACAGUGCAUCAUUUUUUAAGGGCAGAUUAUAUAUAUAUAUAUGAUGUAUUAAUUCAGUGGUUACCAUUUGUUUGCAGGAAAAAGAAAUGUAUGAGUGAAAAAAAUUAUGGUUGAUAAAUCCAGCCAAGGAGAUUAAAAGGGGUUUGGAUAAAUUCUGGGUAUAAAUGCUCAGACUAAAAAAAAGAAAUGGCAGUUUUGCACAGUGCUAUGGUCUUGCACUAGUUUUUGUUUCUCAUCUGAAAAAAAAAAAAGUAAAAUAAAAGGAAGAAAAUGUACCUUUUUUAUGGAAUGAGUAGACUGUAUGUUUGAAGAUUUAGCCACAACCUCUUUGACAUAUAAUGACGCAACAAAAAGGUGCUGUUUAGUCCUAUGGUUCAGUUUAUGCCCCUGACAAGUUUCCAUUGUGUUUUGCCGAUCUUCUGGCUAAUCGCGGUAUCCUCCAUGUUAUUAGUAAUUCUGUAUUCCAUUUUGUUAAUGCCUGGUAGAUGUAACCUGCUAGGAGGCUAACUUUAUACUUAUUUAAAAGCUCUUAUUUUGUGGUCAUUAAAAUGGCAAUUUAUGUGCAGCACUUUAUUGCAGCAGGAAGCAGGUGUGGGUUGGUUGUAAAGCCCUUUGCUAAUCUUAAAAAGUAAUGGGUGAUUUAAAAAGAAAAAAGGAAAAAAAAUCUUUGGCUGAAUAUGUUCAUUGCUUGUAUUUUUAAAACAACAGAAUUUCCAGUAUGAAACAGGCUGAAAGAGCAGGAAGAAAUGUUCUUUGUAUAAUAAUGGGAAGUUUGGAAUAUAAAAGUUUAUAUAUUAUUUAUCUAUUGGAGAACUGGUGUACAGGAGGAACAUUUUCUUACUCUGUUGCUGUUUUCCAUCAUGUGUUAUCCUAAGAGUUGGGGUUUUUUAAAAUCUGCUUCACCAGGGGAAAAUAAAAGCAUCCCUAAUGUUCUUCCUCUAGUCAGUUUGCUUUGCUGAAAGCUCCCUGGAAAUUAGUACAGUUCUACAGGAAGCCAGAAGACUGUACUGUCUGUCCACACCAUGGUCUCCUCAGUCCCCUCCAUGCCAGCCCCUCUUCCCCACACCUAGUAGGUGUGCUACACCUCCCUUUGCCAGUCAUCCUGCCAUGGAUGGGGAGCCUACUUGGUGCCCUGGCAAACCUGUUUACACUAAGGAGAUGCCCACAGGGAGCGGGAAGCUCCCAAACCCUCAGUCAUUCUCCAGCAGAGACCUUUGCUCUUGGCCAGGUUUGAAACAAUGUUCAACCUCGCCACGUCAAUGUCUCAGUAAAAGACACUAUAGAUAGUUAUGGACAAUACACUCCAAGAAUACUGGGCUUAUGGGUGGGUUGGUUUUUUGUUUUGUUUUGUUUUCAAGUCAUGUCUUUAUCCCCAUAUAAUGGAGAAUGUGCCACUUGGCUAAUGUGUUUUCAAAACUACAAGUUCAGUGAUGACAGGAAAGAGGGCUAAAGUAGUCCCACAGAGGCUGGUAGAAAAGGCGAAUCACACUUAAGCACCAGCAGGUUAAAAACCUGAAAGGGUGGCCCUGACAAUUCAGACUAUAGGUUUUACAGCAUGCCACUUGUGCAAUAGGAGGUCUAGGGUUGAAACUUUCAAGAACGAGAGGAGGUGAAGGAAGGAGACGUUUACUGCUCAAAUGCCAUGCAUUUCACUGCUUGCCACUGAACUUGUAUUUGAAUGACUUAGUAAUGCUUAAUAUAAUUGGGCAACUUUUUUAGCACUUUGGAAAGACUCAUCAAUCUUUCUGGUAAAUUAUAAAAGUUUUCUGAGUGAGAAAAGGUGUGUUUGGAGUUUGUUUGACUUUUUAUAUUAUUAUUGUUAUUAAUAAAGAAAAAAAUCUACAGCAUUUUUCAGACUCCACCCUAGAAAAUAUGUACCCCUGAAUUUGGUUUGCAGUUUGAUACUCAGGGAAGGAUGUAUUCCAUAGAUAUCCUUUCCGUAUAAAACACUAACAUCUUUGAGAAAUUCACCUACCAACUAACUUCAAUUGUUGUCACUAUGCAUUCUUCAAUGAAAACUAGCUUAUUUUUCCAUAUAGUAAUGCAGUUAGGGUUCUCAGCACUUUCUUUCUUCUAUCCUUUUUUUAACUCUUCAUAUUAUGUUCCGAUGAUCAUACUGUCAAGGUUUGUGUACAUUACUGAAAAUUUGUAUUGUAUAAAGCUUUUUGCAUUACGAGGCUGUACAGGGUCAUUUUGACAGUAACUGGUAUAUUCCUUUGCAUCUUAUGUUGCAUUGCCAAUUUCUAGUGUAUCCAGUUUGAAAGUAUAAUAUACUCUAAUUAAAAAAAAAAAAGGUUGGCUAUA